AUGUACCUUACCAUGUUUCUCAGCAGUGUAGGAUUUUCUAUUGUGAUGACCUCAGUUUGGCCAUAUCUGCAAAAGAUUGACUCAAGUGCUGAUGGAAGUUUCCUCGGCUGGGUGAUAGCGUCCUACAGUUUGGGUCAGAUGAUUGCCUCACCCUUGUUUGGUGUAUGGUCUAAUCAUAGGCCAAGAAGAGAACCUCUAGUUGUCUCCAUCUCCAUACUGGUGGCAGCCAGCUGUCUUUAUGCUUAUGUACAUGUUCCUUCCAGUCACAACAAGUAUUACAUGCUUGCCGCACGUGCCCUGGUUGGCUUUGGAUCAGGAAAUGUUGCUGUUGUUAGAUCGUAUGUUGCUGGUGCAACUUCCAUUUCAGAAAGGACCGGUGCAAUGGCAAACAUAAGUGCUUUCCAAGCUCUAGGAUUUAUCUUGGGCCCUGCAUUCCAGGCUGCCUUUACUCUGAUUGGAGAACAGGGUGUAACCUUCGCUGCUAUUGAUCUCCAGCUGAACAUGUAUACCACCCCAUCACUCAUGGGUGCAAUCCUUGGCAUUGUGAACAUCAUUCUAAUCUUUAUUAUAUUCAGAGAACACAGAGUGGAUGACCUGGGAAGGCACAUAGGAAAUAUAAACUAUGAGCCUGAAGAGCUGAAUUCACAGGCAGAGAGUGAAGAGGCUGUUGACCAAGUGGCAGUUGUCUCAUCAAAUAUUUUGUUCUUUGUAAUUUUGUUUGUAUUUGCCAUUUUUGAAACAAUUGCAACUCCACUAACAAUGGACAUGUAUGCAUGGAGAAGAACACAGGCAGUGUUUUAUAAUGGAAUUAUCUUGGCUGCUAUUGGUGUGGAAUCAGUGUUUGUAUUCAUUACAGUUAAAUUGCUUUCUAAAAAAGUAAGUUUCUUAAAUAAUACAAUCAUUUAA